AUGAUUGCAAAAAUACCCCUACUUCCGUUCGUGGUAGGAGCUCUGGCUGUGUCCAACUCCACCGACUCCACUCUCACCGACUCCACUCUCACCAACUCAACUCUCACCAACUCAACUCUCACCAACUCAACUCUCACCAACUUCACCAACUCUACCCAUGUUCCCUUCACUUCUCCCGAUUUCUAUCCUACUCCCGAAAUUGGCACUCUGGACGCGGACAAGCGGUGGAGAGCUGCUCUGAACGAGUCCCUGGAGAUUCUGUCUCAGCUGACUCUUGUCGAAAAGGUCAACAUCACCACAGGUCUUGGUUGGGGAGGAGGCACCUGUGUCGGCAACACUGGCGGAGUUCCCAGACUCGGUCUUAAGGGUCUCUGUCUCCAGGACGGACCUCUGGGAAUUGCUCAGACCGACUACGUGACUGUUUUCCCCUGCGGAAUUGCCAUGGCGGCCACCUUUGACAGAAACCUGGUCCACCAGAGAGGCACCGCCAUUGGACAGGAGGCCAAGGCCAAGGGAGUCGAUGUCCAUCUGGGACCCGUCGUGGGACCUCUGGGACGACACGCAACGGGCGGCCGAAACUGGGAGGGCUUUUCUCCGGACCCCUACCUGGCCGGAAAGCUCGUGUCCGAAGCUAUCCGAGGUAUCCAGUCCGAGAACGUCAUGGCCACCGUCAAACACUUCAUUGGCAAUGAGCAGGAGCACUACCGGCUCUACUCCGAGUGGGCUCGUUUCGGAUUCGACAACCUCACCACUUCGGUAUCCUCCAACAUUGACGAUCGAACCAUGCACGAGGCCUACCUGUGGCCCUUUGCCGACGCCGUCAAGGCCGGAGUGGCUUCAGUCAUGUGUUCGUACCAGCAGAUCAACGGCUCGUCGGGCUGCCAAAACAGCGCCACGCUCAACGGCAAGCUCAAGUCCGAGCUCGGGUUCCAGGGCUUUGUGGUGUCGGACUGGCAGGCCCAGCUCAGCGGAGUGUCCAAUGCUCUAGCCGGACUGGACAUGAGCAUGCCUGGUAACGACGUGGACGGAAACAUCUUCUGGGGACCGGACUUGACCAAAAUGGUGGCUAACGGCACUCUUCCCGAGUCCAGACUCGACGAUAUGGUGCUGCGAAUUCUCACAGCCACCAUCUACACAGGCAUCGACGAAAGAGAGCCCACCUUCUCCGCCUUCACUACUGAAACCUUUGGCAACCCCAACCCCGUGCUUAUGUUCAACAUCAACUACACCUCCACCUUGGUCAACCUCCAUCUGGACACCCGAACCGCCUUUUCUUCCCGUGUGGCGCUGGAGGGAGCCGAGGCUGCAGCAGUCCUUCUCAAGAACGACGGAAUUCUGCCUCUGCAGGGCCCCGAGAAUGUCGGAGUGUUUGGAGUCGGCUCGCAAAUCGGGCCAAAGGGAGCCUACUGCGGGUUCUCCAUGCAAUGCUCGGAUGGAGCUCUCAUCGAGGGAUGGGGAAGUGGAACUGCCAACCCAACAGAGUACACUUCUCCGUACGAAGCACUCCGACAACGAGCCAACCAAGCUGGAGGCCACGUGAUUGGAACCACCGAGUCCUGGAACAUGACGCUGCCUCUGAUCAUGGCUGACAACUCGGACGUUAACAUCAUCUAUGUGCUGUCCAACUCCGGAGAGGGAGGUUCGACCGUUCUGGACAACAUGGGAGACAGAAACAACGUGUCUCUGUGGCACAAUGGCGACGAACUGAUCACCACUCUUGCCAACAGCUCCAGAAACAACAUUGUCGUCGUUACCACCGUUGGUCAGGUUGAUUUGGAGCCUUGGAUCUCGCAUCCCAACGUAUCGGCCGUGGUUCUCACUGGUCCUGCUGGAGCCUAUGGAGGUAAAGCCAUGGCCGAGGUUCUCUAUGGAGACGUCAACCCAUCGGGAAAGCUGCCUUAUACCAUUGCCAAGGACCCCCAAGACUACAUUCCGGUGGUUGUGGACAUUCCCGAAGAUGGAGCUCCUCAGGCCUACUUUGAUGAGGGUGUCUACAUGGACUACAAGAUGUUUGACAAGCUCAACAAGACAGUUCGGUUCGAGUUUGGUUACGGGCUGUCUUAUUCGGAUUUCGAGUUUGGAGACCUGGAUGUGGUUGUAGACGAGUUCAUUUCCGAGCUUCUUCCUUCUCCUCCUCGGCCUAUCAUUGUUGACAAGCCCAGCAGCACCAGCUCCAACUCGUCCCACGGCGAUCUCAAGGCUCCCAAGGGUUUCAAGCCCAUUCGAGGAGUUGUCUAUCCGUGGAUUGACGUUAAUUCCCUGACUGCCGGCGAAGCUCUUUCGGGAGUGAGUCCUGCUCUUGCCACUUUGCUGGGUCUAGGUAAACCUGAUACCUGUGCUGUUCCCGCCAAGCACGAGACUGGCGAUGAUGACAAGGACUCCAAGUCUGACGAUAAGACCAAGAGAGACACCGAGUCGGAUGCUGCCGAUGAUGAAAUUGAAACAGUCAGCACCUCCAACGAAACCGCCGUUGAAACCACCAUUGGAAUGAAGAACACCUCCGAGCCCUUCCACUUUGCCAACGGAACAGGGACGUCAACAAACGCCGCCGGAGGAGUUGGAGGAAACCCAUCUCUCUGGAAAACCGUCGCCACCGUGUCUCACACCAUCCGAAACCUCGGUCCCUAUCCAGGAGCCGCAGUCACCCAGAUGUACAUUGCCUUCCCUCAGGACGACAUUGAUUCGCCUCUCAUUCAACUUCGGGGAUUUGACAAGACUCGGGUUCUGGACGUCGGAGAACUCGAAACUAAUUCCUACGACAUCUUGUGGAGAGACCUGGCUGUUUGGGACGUGGUCAUCCAGAGCUGGAGAGUCCAGAGAGGAGAGUACAAGAUCUACGUCGGCAACUCCUCCAGAGACUUUGUUCUCAUCGAGUCCUUUACUCUCCAGUAG